GAUGUUGAUAGACCAACGCAGGCCCAUGUUACGUUUAUAAGGACCGCUUAAGCACACAUCGCCCUGAGGAUCGUCCCACAUGCCGACGUUGGGGAACAACUCCGGCGGCGAGAAGGUGCUCCCAAACGUCAGACGCGUCAGAGCCGGUAUGCGCCGCGACACGUCCAACGCAUCGCGCGGAUCAGGAGCGGUGACGCGCGAGUACACGCUCAACACCGAUCGUCGCUCGUAUACCCCUCGAAGCUGGUAGACGAACGCGGUCGCCCACGUGCGCCGGUCUGCGGUGCUCCCGAGGUUAUCCGCGAGAAACCCCAAUAUGAAACACACAGCCAACCCCUCGGUGCUGCUCUCCCGCACCACCCUCUCUCUCCACGCCCGCUCGCUCGCCAUCCCCCGCAGCUCCUCACACGCCCACUCGCGUCUGCGGCCCCAGUCCUCCACAGCCUCCGCCUCGAUGCGCCGCGGCUCGAAAUACACGAACGAGAGCGCCGGCGGCGUCCGCCCGCCGCCGAACAGCGCGGGGUUGGACGACAGGCGCCCGGUGAGCGCUGCGAUGGCGAGCACGAGGGUCUGCGAUAUGGCAGGGAGAGCAGCGAGCCGCCGCCCGGAGAGCUCGAAGGAGGAGAUGAGGGAGACGCAGGGGAUGAAGCGCCAGCGGGGGACGCGGGUGUAUAAGUACAGCAGGUCCGCCAGGAGCGUUCCAGAGAACUCGCUAUCGAUGAGCCCCAAUUCGGCGUCAAGAUAAGGCAAAGGACUCUGCGCAUACGAGUAGUAUUGGGCGUUGUCGGGACUCUGAGAGCUCCCUCGUCGGUUUCAUGACGCAGGGCGGAAACGCCAGCAGGGAGCAAGGGCCGCAGCUUUGGUGGUGUAGUUGAGGCGCAUGCUGGCAUGAUGUGGUACGGGGUGUACGCAGGAUGCCGUACAGAGGACGAUGAAGCAAAUUCGAUCGUAGAGCUCCCAGCCAUGGAGCUAGAGCAGGGCGAAGCAGAUCCUGAGGGAGGCGUGGAGCCUGGGGCGGAUGCGGACGCGUAGCUUGUCGCACCAUACUUCUGUUUUGCGAUCUCAAUCCGCUUCCCCGUCCUAUACUUUGGCUUCUUCUUCACAACCGGAGUCGUCGUGCAC